AUGGAAGAAGCACCCCACCGACCCUCUACGCUUGAACGCAACCACUCGACUCAAGAUGGAACCAAGGUUCAAGAUGAUGGUCGCAUUGAGAUCAAUCUGGACUCCAAAGUGGGUCGGGAAGUUUCCAAGUUGAUUCCAUUUUUGCAUACAGAGCAGGAUUUUCAGCAAGAACAGGAGCCUUCUUCUGCGGAUGGUUACAAUCUCGAGCUCAAUAUCGUUAUUCAAGUCGUUGGCAGUCGUGGCGACGUUCAGCCUUUUGUCGCACUCGGCAACGAACUUCAGCGCCAUGGACACCGCGUACGAUUAGCAACUCAUGGUGUAUUUGAGAGCUUUGUGCGCGACUCCGGUUUAGAAUUUUACUCUAUCGGAGGAGAUCCAUCGGAGCUGAUGGCUUACAUGGUGAAGAAUCCAGGACUAAUCCCACAGAUGAAGUCCGUCCAAGAAGGUGAUAUUCAGCGCAAGCGUGUCAUGGUAGCUGAAAUGCUGAAAGGGUGUUGGGAGUCCUGUAUUGAGGAUGACUCGGUGACAAAGACACCGUUCGUGGCGGACGCUAUUAUUGCGAAUCCACCAAGCUUCGCCCACAUUCACUGCGCACAGGCACUUGGAAUUCCUUUGCAUAUGAUGUUUACCAUGCCCUGGACUAGCACAAGAUCAUUCCCGCACCCUUUGGCAAAUUUGAAAUAUUCCACCACGGAGCCGAAGAUGGCUAAUUAUCUUUCUUAUGGCAUUGUCGAAUGGCUGACAUGGCAAGGCCUGGGAGACGUGAUCAAUGAUUGGAGAAGAUCAAUUGACCUAGAAGCUAUAUCAGCUACAGAAGGUCCCCGUUUAGCAGAGACAUUGAAAGUGCCUUUCACAUAUUGUUGGUCCCCUACCUUGAUGCCUAAACCGAUAGACUGGCGGGCGCAUCUUGAUGUUUGUGGCUUUUUCUUUCGCUCUCCUCCGGAAUUUACGCCGCCACCAGACCUUGACGCCUUUCUUCAAAACGGGCCGCCGCCUGUUUAUAUUGGGUUUGGAAGUAUCGUCAUUGAGGAUCCCCCAGCUAUGACUGCGACACUGGUCAAGGCAGUCAGAGCCUGGGGUGGCCGUGCGAUUAUAUCACGCGGCUGGAGCAAUCUUGGCGAAGCACAAUCGGAUGAUCAGAUCUUUUAUCUUGGGGACUGUCCGCAUGAAUGGUUAUUCCAGAAGGUAGCUGCGGUUGUACAUCAUGGAGGAGCAGGAACUACAGCAUGUGGUCUUCGAUUUGGAAGACCAUCCCUCAUUGUACCUUUCUUUGGAGACCAACUAUUCUGGGGAAAUAUGGUUGCGUCUCGCGGCAUUGGGCCAAUGCCAAUUCCACACCGAUCUUUAAACGCCGAUAAUCUAGCAGAGGCUAUUCGGUUCUGCCUGCAUCCUGACACUCUGACUGCGGCUGCUGAUCUGGCCAGUCAGAUGAGUCAGGAGGAUGGGGUUUCUGCAGCAGUCGCGUCUUUCCAUCGCAACUUGCCAGUUGACAAAAUGCGAUGCAAAUUCCUCGAAUCCGAACCGGCUGCGUGGCAAUUGAAAGAAGGUGGCCGGCCACCCGUGAACCUAUCCAAAAUGGCUGCAGGAGUCCUGAUUGAGAACUCACGGGUUGAUCCGAAAGACCUAAAAUCGUACGAGAGUAACUCGAUAUUCAUCCAGACGCGACGAUGGGACCCCAUUACUGGCGGGACAUCUUCUGUACUAGGGAUGUACAAAGACAUCCUCACAGCUUCCAGUGAUAUCGUCAUUCGACCAUACAAAGAGUUCAGUCGUGCCCGUCAACAGAGCGAGCCUGAGCUCGUGGUCAUAGAGUCUACCCACCCGUCAUCAUCUGGCGACUCACCUGCAGCAGGCAGCACAGGAAGUCGCACUGGGAGAAAUCAGCUAGACGAGGACUGGAAAGUCACCGGAAAGGCUGUGGGAGGAUCUGCCAAGAGUGUUGGAAAGAUCAUCGCGUACUACUACAAAGGUGUACUGGUAGACAUCCCUGGUGCUGUUAACGAAGGUCUGAGAGCGGUUCCUAGACUCUAUGGCGAAGAGGUAAAAGACUACGACAAUAUCCGGGAUUUCAAGUCUGGAGUUGCUGCGGCUUCAGAUAACUUUGCACAUGGGUUCUCACAUGGGCUUACUGAUAUCUUCAGACAGCCUUACGAGGGUGCCCAAAAGGACGGGAUUCGGGGUGCAAUCAAAGGAUUUGUGAAAGGACCUAUUGGAAUGGGCACAAAAGCCGCAUCAGGUGCAUUGGGACUCGUCGCCUAUCCAGGACAGGGCCUAGCCAAGAGUUUACAUUCCGCUAUCCAUUCGAAGACUCGAAAACAGCUUGUGAAAGCUCGGUUGAAAGAGUCGGAGUAUUUGGCUAGACAAUCAGCCAAAGCACAGUCGAGCUGUCCUGAUAUACUUGAGGCAUUCGAAGCUCAUCAGCGGCAGCCGUUGAAUACCACAAGCUCGGCAAACUUGGGGCGGGCAGAUUCACAUUGA